AUGCUUAUGGUGAUCGUGAUCAACGCAUUGGAUGAGUGUGAACAAGAAGACAAUGUCAGGGUUAUAUUGCAGCUUCUACCCAAGUUGCAAGAAUCCAAAUCCAUCUGUCUACGGAUAUUCCUGUCGAGCAGACCAGAAGAAUCAGUACGUGCUGGGUUGAACCAAUUUCAAGAUUAUCAGGUUCAAGCGCUUGAAGAAGCCCCCAUGACUGAGCAUGAUAUACAGCUAUUUCUGAAAGACCAGCUGUCAAAAAUCCGGAAGGAUAAAUCACUUGCUCGUGAAUGGCCUGGAGAUGAUGCAUUUCAUAACUUGGUUGCAAUGUCUGUUCCUCUUUCUAUUUUCGCCGCAACGGUGUGUCGCUUUAUUAAAGAUCGCCCAGGAAAGCGCCUUGCCGCAGUUCUUGAAUCCAGGGAAGCCACACCUGUAACCCAGAUGAAGAAAAUGUACCAACAGGUAUUGGAGCAAGUCCUAGAUCCUGACAAUGAGAGCGAAUCAGAGGAUAAUGUCAAAAAGUUCAAGGACAUAGUUGUGACGGCCUGGUCACGUUGGUUGGUUAUCACGUGA